CUCCCUCUCUCUGACAAUUGUGUGGCUAGGCUGAACAAAUGGAUAAAUUCCAUUUGCCAUCACUUGAGUGAAUGCUAAUGCAUAACAAGAGUAGAAAUUUUGCAAGUAACAGGAAGGCUGUGUUCUUUUGCUUGUAACUUUGUUUCGCUUCUUUACGUCACAAGGAAAGAUGUAUCGUCUACCAGUAAAAAGUAAUCUAGUUGAUUCAGGCUCAGACACAACCAAGAAAGGUUUUGGAGACAAUAACCAACCCCUUUGUCCAAAACCCCGCCGGCGUGGACCAACUUUACCGGAAUUUCUCAAGCCCUUCAGAUGUAGCAAGCAUUGCCAGCCAAUUACUGAGGAAAGAAGUGGAAUUCUGAGCCUUGUUGCUGAUAAGGCAAUUGAUUGUGGAGAAACCAUAUGCACAGGGUGCUCACCAUGUUGUUACUCAGGAUCUCCUCCGGGAAGAACUGAUAAUCCAUUGGUUCAUGAUGUUCAGUUCAUUCAUCAAAUGGAGCUUCUUUCACCAUUUACAAGAACCAAACUUACUGAUAAAUUUGGCUUCACCUCUACCUCUCCAAUAUGAGAGAGUUUAGGGAUGGUUGUCCAAAGAAUGAGAUCGUCCUUCAAAUGGGAUUUUUUUGCGCCACUAGUACUGUUUUUUUGUGGUGUUGAUUAGUACAAGCAUAAGUUAUUUUGUUCUUGUUAUCCCCCCCCAUCUAUGCAGUGCGGCUCUCCUUUGUAAAUACCAUGAGAUGAAAAAGAGCCACUUGUAUCUUGUACAUAUUGCUUGAUCAAAAGAUGAAGCCUUUUUGAA